GUGUCUACUGUCAUUCAAGUCUUUUUUUAGUGCUUUAUUUUUACCCUAGGACUGCGUUCUUGCACACUGGGCCACGAGUGUGCAUGCUUCUGCCCUCUGUCUGCAAGUAAGCUUGUGUGUGUUUCAUCAGAGUCUACUUGAAACCGAGCCAUGGCCGACACAGAUUUCAAACUGGAGCGUGCCGUCUUCGCCGAAGUCUCUGAUGAUGACGAGGAGGUCUCCUUGAUGCCUGCUGCCACCAAACCUGCCACCGCCUCCAAGGUGUUCAAAUCAAAACGAGGCGACGACGAUGACGAUGAUGACCCGGCGGAAGAGGUGGACCUGGUGUUGGGGCCAGGACUCGAUGGAGGCGGCAGCGGUGAGGCCCAGAAGUCUGAGGCCCAGGCUACAGGCAUGAAGGUCCUGGCACUCCUAGACAAGAUCAUAGGUGUGGUGGACCAGAUCCAGCAGACUCAGACAGGUCUGGAGGCCAAGCAGGAGACCAUGGAGAAGAACAUGAGCAGCAUCCAGACAGAGCUGGCCAAGCUAGCCAAGAGUCACGUUGGGACGGCCGGGACGGUCAACAAGCUCCUGGACAAGGUGCGGAAGGUGAACGUCAAUGUGAAGAGCGUGCGCACGGACCUGGAGAAGCAAGCGGGACAGAUAAAAAAACUGGAGAACAAUGAACAUGAGCUCCUCAAGAGGAAGAACUUCAAAGUGCUUAUCUUCCAGGACAAGGUGAAACCUGUGAAGGUCUCUAAGAAGCCAGUGGCUGCAGGAGAGGAAGGAGAGCAGGUGCUGAGUGAAGGAGGAGAGGAAGAACAUGGCUCUGAGGAGGAAGUUGAGGUUGAGGAAAUCAUAGAGGAAUCUCGUGCUGAGCGCAUCAAACGCAGCAGCCUCCAGAAGGUGGACAAGCUGAAGAUGGCUUUCAGCAAGGAGCAGAUGGAGAAGACCAGACAGAAAACCAAGGAGAACCUGGAGAAAACCCGACUGAGAACAAAAGAGAACCUGGAGAAGACACGUCAGAGAACCCGAGAGAACCUUGAGAAGACCAAGACGACCCUGGGCAAGAAGAUGGGUAAGCUAGGAACAAAGAUGACACCUAACACCGAACGCCGCGAGAAGAUCCGCAGCUCCAGAGAGAAGAUGAAGAAGUCACUGAAUCCUGACCACCCCAUCUACGCCCGCUCCAAAUCAACCACCUACCGCGUACCGCCCUUCACCUUCCACGUCAAGAAGGUCCGUGAGGGUGAGAUCGAACCCACACCAGAACCAGAGGAAGAGGAGGAGCAGGUGGAGCAGAAUGAGGAGGUCCAGGAGGGUCUUGCAGUGCAGGAAGGAGGUCUAGUGUCAAGGGUGGAGGAAGGUGAACUGGUCAAUCUUGACAGCCCGGAGAUAGAGGCCUUAUUAGAGGCAGCUGAUCAAUCACGGCUGGUGUUCCAGGAAACGGUGAGGCCGAGGGAGAAGGCCGGCCAAUAAGUCCAACAUGCUGAGCCCUGGGAAAAGCUCAACAAGGAAAAUAAUGUGGAGGUCUGGAGGUAAAUAAGGCUAAAAGGAUGUAGGGAACUGAGAUGUGCUUGAGGACGGAUUAAAGGAGUUGACUGGACCUUUGGCUGAACAUUUAGUUUGUUUGUUUGAUUUUUUCUUAUUAUCUUCUCAACCCCAAGGUUGCUUUUUUUGUUUUGUUUUGUUCAGUUGUCAAUUUUUAAAUCAACUAAUGGUCAAUUUUGUGUCUAGAACUGAAUAAUACUCAGAAAAGAUCAAAUAAUUUUUAUUGUGAUUACCAACACUUACUCUUUUAAAAUCUUUAAAAAAAAUAAUUAUAGUAUUUUCAGAAAAGGUGGAUGUGAGGAGGUUUGCACUCCACAAGAAUAUUUUCAUAAACACUCUCAUGGCAUUUAAUUCCUAUUAGACACUUAAUAUUAACUCGUUCAUUUGUUAUCAAGGCUACCCGGUUGCAACUGGAUAUUGCCAAUAUAUAUUUAUAUUAAAGUGCCUAUAUUUAAUGAACACCUUGUGUUCUUUGUACUAUCAUGUGAUGUGAUGGCUGCUGAUUUCAACAGUACAAAUUAAUAGCAGGCCUUAUGCAUCUUGUAGAACAUCUGGGCUUUGUUUUAAUGCCAUGAAUGAACUGUUGGAAGCUGUUGAAAGUGAAAACUUUAAGGUGCUAGAGAGUAUGUUGUCUGACAGAAAUAUUGUUGUGAGGGAAAGUGAAUUGCGAAAUAUUCUAAUUGAAGUAAAAAUGCAAAAAAAAGGGAAAGAAAGAAAGAAAUAAUUGCAAAUAACUUCUGCUGACUGAACCGUUUUCUUUUGAAACUGAAGGUUUGAAUAAUGAUGUGAUUAUGGCGAGUUGUUUUGUGGUCUAAUCACUGGUUUGAAUGUAAUCCAAGCUCUGACUCAGACUUUAUGUGAAAUAAUUGCUUCACUUGACGUCUACAGAUGGCGUAAUCUGAUCUUUGAUCUAUGUAUGUAAACAAGAAGCUCUUAAAAACCUAUGAGAUCAAGCUGAAUAUCAGUCUCUGCAUAGGUUACUUUUCAGAAUUCAGUUUUAUUCAUUCUGAGAUAAAUUCAUUUGACGGUUUACCUUGUUUGUACAUAUACACUUUAACAUGCUCAAAGUAAGAUUAUCAUCUUAUUGUCAUAUACACAUGAAUACAGUAUUAGGUGAACAGGGACCUACUCAAUGGAAAAGUAGUGCUGAUAUAAUAGUCAUUGUAUAGUCUGACGAUAUAAUAGUCACUGAAAUUGAACUGUCUGUACAACUGUAGUGAAUUGUAGUGAAUGUGACCGAAUAGAUGAAAAUAAAACGAACAAAAUAAAUUUA